CAUGUAUGUUUAUGAGCAAUACAUUUCCCACAAAUCCCUACGGCAAACAGUGAAUCGUAAUGACGCAAAACACAACACGAGGAGAAACCGGCUGAACUCGCGAACAAAUAAAAAAUAAAUCCUAGACAUGCAAACAAUUAUACAAUGCAAAUUUUACUUCCGAAUUGCCGAUUUGUUUCAAUUACAUUACUUAUGAAGAGUAUUGAAUAGUUAGAAGCCGUACUAGCAGAAUUUCGGUAUCUGCCCUGUGCACUCAUCUGUUCUCAGUUUUGGAAUGGGAUUGCAGACUGACGUUUUGAACAGCAGUGACUCAAACGAACAAAUCCAGAUCCUCCCUUUCCGAAUGACUCAGGCGGCUAUGUAUGUGUUUGGGUCUCAAGGUUGACUGCCAGGUUUGGGCCCCAUGAUUGGCUGCUAGGUUUGUAAAGUGUUCUACUCCUCCAAACCCAACCCAAGCCCUAUAUCCCCCAGUCCUAACCCCUUAGCCCUGUGUCAUUAUUUUGCCUGACUAGCCCGAGCUCCACACACUUCUAGCCCCAAACCCUUAACCCUUUGCCUCCAGAUCCCUCUCCUUUCUUUCCUAACACCAGCCACCUCCAGACCCAGUACCAGCCCCAAGCCCCUCUCCCCAACCCUGUUCUUCCAGUCCCACCCUCUAUUCCCCCAGACCCCUACCCCUCUCCCCUGGCCCAGCCCCACAUCCAGCCCCAGUACCAUGCUGGGGAGGAACAUGUCCCAGAAGCUGAGCGUGCUGCUGAUCAUCAUGGGGCUGGCGUGGGGGCUCAUGUUGCUACUCUACACCGGGCAGCAGCAACACCACCAGAGCAGUGGCGAGCUGCAUCAACAGAUCCUGGAGCUGAGCCGGCGCUAUGUCAAGGUGCUAACCGAGGAGAACCAGAACGCACCUGGAGGACCGCAGGGCACCUCCAUGGCUGGUUACGCUGAUCUGAAGAGGACCAUAGCGGUGUUGUUGGAUGACAUCCUGACGCGCCUGGUCAAGUUGGAGGGGAAGAUUGAGCUGGUGGCCAACACUUCAGUCACUAACUCCUCCCAUCUUGCUGUGGGUGCCUUGGCCUCAGCUCCAGUUGCCUUACACAAAGCCACCAAGGAAGACACGCCAGGCAACCACCACCUGGAAACCGCUCGCAUCCCUCCAUACACACCCAGCAGACCUCUGCCAGGGGUAUAGUAGGGCCUGAGGCCCUGUUACAAGUGCAUCCUUUCUUCCUAAGUUGGUCACUGAUCUAAUAAGGUCGGUAGGGUGGUAACUCUCAUUUCACUUGUUUAUUAAUUUACAGAUCAGUGAUUAUCUCAAGGGAGCAAG